AUGGCAAUUCGUUCUGUUUUGGAGAAGCCUGCAAGGUAUAUGAAAGUGCAAAAAGGGUAUGUUCAGAACCGUACUCAUCCGGAAGGCUGCAUUGCUGAGCGGUAUAUAGCUAAAGAAGCUGUAGAGUUUUGCACCGAGCAUUUAUCUGAUGUUAGUACAGUUGGAGUGCCUUCAAGCUAG